CUUGCACUCCUGGCGCUCUCUAUGACACGCGACGAGCUCUUCAAGCACAACCUCUUCGACUCUUACGUGGCCGAUGAAUAUCCACAAGGAAUUUGCGACGCUUCCGCUAGGAAUGCUCGCACCCUCGAUGGCAGCUGCAAUGACCUUGCGUUGCCGAAGAUGGGCAGCGUUGGCUACCGAUUCGGACGCAACGUUGCGCUGGAUAAGAUCCCGCAGCAUAAGAGUGAUGAGGAGCUGAUGAGCCCCAACCCGAGGACGGUUGCGCAAAAGCUGCUGAAGAGAACUGAAUUUACGCCGGCGAGCAGUGUUAAUUUGUUUGUUGUGGCUUGGAUUCAAUUCCAAGUUCAUGAUUGGAUGGACCACGAGCGCGCAUGGGGAAGUCCUGUAGAGGUUCCCAUCCCCAUAGACGACCCGCUCGCCGGAAAGAAAGAGAAGCUCUACCUACCCCGCUCUGUACAAGACCCUGCACAGAAAGCUGCGUCUCCCGGCCGGCCUGCCGCUUUCAAAAAUAAAGUGUCGCACUGGUGGGACCUCUCACAAAUCUACGGGGUGACCUCCGAGAUCAAUAACCGAAUUCGGACCGGGGUCGACGGCAAGCUUCGCCUCGACACCGACGGCCUCCUCCCACUCGACACGGACGGCAUGGACAUCACCGGCUUCAAAGACAACUGGUGGACGGGCAUCAUGCUCCUGCACACGCUUUUCACCCGCGAACACAACGCCAUCUGCGACAUGUUCAAGUCCAAGCACGCCGACUGGUCCGACCAGAAACUGCACGACAUGGCGCGCCUAGUCCUGACCGCACAGAACGCCAAGAUCCACACCCUGGACUGGACGCCCGGCAUCCUCCAAAACAAAAUCCUCAAAACCGCCAUGCAGGCCAACUGGGACGGUCUCCUCCCCGACGGCCUCGACAACUGGAAGGGCGGCAGCGUCCUCACCGGUAUCGUCGGCGGAAACAAGGACCUUCACGGCGUGCCCUUCUCCCUCACCGAGGAGUUCUCCGCGGUCUACCGCCUCCACUCUCUCAUGCCCGACACACUCAACGUCCUCUCCGCGACCACCAAGAAACCCACCGGAAAGACAUACCCGCUGGCCGACAUCACCUUCCGCGGCGCCCGAAAGCCCGUGACCGAAAACACCCUCGCCGACGUCAUGCUGACCUUUGGGGCCACAGUCCCCGGCGCCCUCACAUUGAACAACUACCCAACAUGGUUGAUGAACCUCACGAAACCGGGUGAACCGUUCGUUAUAGAUCUUGCAACCACAGAGAUCUUCCGCGACCGCGAGCGCGGCAUCCCGCGGUACCUCGCCUUCCGCCGCGCGCUGAACAUGGAGCCUGAGUUCAAGACUUGGAAGGACAUCAACCCGUCCCCAGCCGUCCAAAAGCAGCUCGCCAGCGUCUACGCGUCACCCGAGGACGUCGACCUCCUCGUCGGGUGCAUGGCGGAGCAGCCCAGACCCGAUGGAUACGGAUUCAGCGACACGCAGUUCCAUGUCUUCAUCCUCAUGGCCGCGCGGAGGUUGUGGACCGACCGCUUCUUCACGGACGAUUACCGCCCGGAGAUCUACACGAAGGAGGGUAUCGAGUGGGUGAAGACGCAGGGCAACUUCAAGAGCCUUGUGACGAGACACUUCCCGGAGUUGAAGAGUGUGAUGGACAGUGUGGAUAACCCGUUCAAGCCGUGGAAGGUCUGAAUGGAAGCAACGCUUUUAAUAUAGAGCCCUUUCUGUUUCGUAGCCUGGUGCUACGAGACCAUAGAUAGAUACUUACACACACCAUCAUCCGCUGUAUUAUCCAUGUAAUACCAUAUGACAUCCGACAAGUGCUUUCCCAAAAAGCGUUGUCACUGUCACUGUCAGGACGCG